AUGGCCAGAAGCCGGGGGUGGAGGCAGGGCGUGCGUGCCGAUGACGAUGGCGGGUCUGGCACCAAGCAUUCAGGGAACUUUGGCGAGCUGAUGGGCCAUAUCGUCAGAGACGGCCAGGGAGUCGCGCAGCGUACUUGUACAGGUACAGCUGCGAAUUACUGGAGACUGGAGAAUGCAACGGACGCUGAGACGCUGAGACGCCAGACGGUACGAGUCGGAGUGGAGGCAAGACAUCAUGGCGCGCGGCGGCCAAUCAGCGGCCUCUGGCGGACGCCUGGCGCAGGCCGUGGCGCAGGCUCGGGGCGGGUCUGGCGCUGGCAAAGCUGCGCGGCGGUACUUGCAUUUGCCCUGGGCGCUGCUGCAGAAGCGUGUACACUCUGUGCCACUCUUUCACAUGCACGCAUCACCGCACCUCCAUAUCAGCGCAUGUGCUGUGCUCUGAACCCGAAACUCGGCGUCUCUGCUCGACAACGUGUUUGGCCGUAUCAUGACUCCGUCUCACAAACUACGCCAGCAUGGCAUCAGAUGCUUUCGCUGCUCAUGUUUGCUGCUGUGCUGCUGUGCCACACCGGCAUCAUCAUCAGCAUCAUCGUCAUGACUGACUCUCUGCCCGCCGUUUCCAACAACCUCCGUCAGGGGGGGGACCGUGGGAUGGAAACCUACCUCCGUUUGCCUGCCCCAAAACCAAGGAAAUUCCUCUGCGCCUUUUUGUCGUGGUUUCUGGAGCGGCGUGCCGUUCUCCGCCCAAACUAA